UAAAUGAAUUAAAUGUUGUUGAUUUUUAGUGAUUUUGAGUCAAGCUUUGCAGUUCAAUGAAGUUUUAAGGAUUUGUCUCUAUUUUAAAAAUAAAUACAUAAGUUGUGAUUAAUCUGUUUCUGCCCUCUAGAAUGGGUAAAAAUUAUCGAAUGAUUGGAUGGUUUUAGAAAUAUGGGCCAUGCUCAAUCAGCUGCUUUUAAUGAUAAAAAUCAGUCAAAAUCUUCAGAUUUAAUUUUACCGCAUGAUGAUUCAAGCAAAUUGGUUGAGAAAGAAAAGAAAAAACAAAGCAAAAAAUUGUUAAAGCAGGGGUCAAUAAGGAAAAAACUUUCUAGAACAUUGAGACCAAUAAAAAGUUCUCUCUAUAGCAAACAAAUUCGAGAUUUAGUACAAUCUUGGUCAAUUACUGAAAUCCAAUUAUUGUUAAAAAAAUACGAGACACUAGAAGCUGUUAGAGAACUAAAGUUUUUGUCAGAUUCAGCUCGUAGCAUAAACGGAAGCCUUCAAAAUGAUUUUUGUCAACUUUUUUAUAGCAAGCACCAAGCAGACACAAUAAUUGAGUACAAAGACACAUUAUUUCAUGUUCAUAAAAUAGUUCUUAUAUCAAGGUGUCAGUACUUUCGAAGUAUUCUUAUAGAUAUAAACCAUAGUCAUGUUAAAAUUGAUUGUGACGUUUUAGAUGUAAAUAUUUCUGAUUUUAUAGAUUUAAUCUCUUAUAUAUAUUGUGGUUAUACAAAUAACAAUGAAAUACUUAAAACUAUCAGUGUGCUCGAAGAAAAAUUUGGUUUACUCAACACUUUAGAGAAUGAUAUGCAAAAGCUUUUCAAUUCAAAGGAAAGAACUGAUUUAGUCAUAAGCUACAGAAAUGGUCAGAAAAACAUGUUCUGUGAAUAUUCUGAAGUAUUAAAACCAUUUGAUCCAACACUUAAAGUUGAUUGUCAUCUUUCUAUUGUAUGUUCUCGUUCGCCUUUUUUAAAGAGAUUAUUCGAAACAAAGUAUUGUAAUCAAACUGAACUCACAAUACCAUUGUUAUUAGAAAUUAAUGAUCACAUAGUCCCUCAACCUUUUCUCCAUGUUGUAAUGGAGUGUAUUUAUUUUGAUCAAGUUAGUUUUAACUCAAUCUUUAAUGAAAAAUUUCAUGAGUCUUGUAACAACAAUAAUCUAGUCUAUGUUGAAAUUGCAAUGAAGGUUUUUGAGAUUGGACAAUUUUUAGAAAUACCAUCCUUGAUGAGAGGAUGUGAAGACAUCAUCGUAAGUAAUUUAAGUGCUACAUCAUUAAUUAAAAUCCUUGAAUGGAGCAGCAUUGACUCCAAAUAUGUAUAUCGACAAGCAAUUCACUUUUUGCGAGAGGAGUUUAUUCCAUUAUGCAAAUCUAGUUUUUUUCUUGCUAACCUAUCCAAGAUACAUUUACUGAAGGUUCUUGAAAGUGAUUUUCUGCAGGCAGACGAAGAAACUAUUUUAGAUUCAAUAAUCACAUGGUGUGAAUGGGAAAUAGCAAAAUCAGGAAAUCCAACCAUCAUUUUAACCAAAUCACUACCAAGACACCCAUGUCCAAAGCGAUACAAUAUUACAAAUGACGCAUUACGUGAAAUGGUUUCAAGUUUAGUGGGAUGCGUAAGGUUAUCCCAUAUCCUUACGCAAAAUUCUGUUAUUUUAUCAAAUGCCUGUCAACAAGGUUUAUUACAAAUGCCAUUUACAGCAUGUGACAUUGUAUCUUCCGAAAAGAAAUUAUCUUCUACAGUUUAUUGGAUUGAAGAAAUGCAUCAUUCAGAUUAUGUCAAACCAAGAUUUUUUAUUCCUUAUUUUAAUGAAAUCAAGCUUAUUUAUCAAGAGCGUUUGACUGAAAAUAAAAAUACCUGUGAUGUUAAUAAUUUACCAAGCACAUUGGUUGAAAUCCCAUUAUCAAUAACAACUUGUGUAACAUCAGAUGAACGACAAUCAAUGCCUUUAGUGGAUAUAUUUAAAUUAUCUGAGGAUGUUAUUAAAAAUAUGGUGACACGUCAAAAAGAAUUGAUGUCAAGUGAACAAGUUUUGAAAUAUUUAACUUUAGCACCAGAUAAUGUUGAAAUUAUUGCAGAAAUACAACUUCGUGUUGUUCGUGAGUUUGAUUAUCCAGAUGAAUUAGCAAAUGAAAUUUUUCAGCAAUAUCCUGAUCUAGUUGAAAAUUUUACUAACAUUCCUACAAAGAGAAGCACUCUCUCAAUGGUUGGCGAUAUAAAGCCCCAAGUUUUUUGUAACAGCACUGACGCAAGUAACUCAGAAAAUAUGUAUUGCAGUUCUAAUGCAGAAUUAACAGUAGGCAAUAAUGAAAGUACAGAUGAAGAACAACAUCUUUUGCGAAUUUUAAAACAUUCUUCACUUGUUGUUGAAUGUCCUUUAGAUUUGCCCAUAAAUGCGACUUUAAACUGAAUUAUUUUUUAGUUUAGAUGUUCGUUUUUUGACUUGUUUAUUAUUUCAUCUAGUAUUAUGUUUAUGAUUUUUAACUAUUGUUACUUAGUAACUAUAUCUUUGAUUUAAUUUUGAGUUUGUUUCUCACUGGUUGUUUUAUUUUUUUUAUUGAUUUUGGGUAUUUUUGUAUGAUAUAUUUUCUAAAGUGAAGGUUAUUCAUUCUAGCCUGA